GUUUGUGCACCAGUUAAAAGAUAUCACAGGGAGCUGUGGAGAUUUAAUAGUUAUCCAGGUUCCGGGGCCGCGCACUGUUUUCGGGAGGAGUUGCAUAAGAUAUCUGUGAUAUUGCCCCACGGUGUGUAAGGCCGCCGGUGAGCGGAGGGGAACAUAUGACGGACACGCGUGACGUGGGGCAUAGCUGCGGGUCGGCGAGCUUCGGUGGGGGGAAAUCACGGGGUACGUCAGCUCUGGGGCCGAAUUAUUACCUCAGGACUGGUCUGGCUCAGAGUUAACGGGGGCUUUACCGUUUAACUACCCCUGUGGGUUCUGUUUUUGUUGGGUCCUGUUCUGUGGUGCAGAUAGGACAGGGUAGUUACCCCCGGGCUGGGCUGACUGAAGUUGUGGGCAUCCGAGUUACUUCCUUGUAGGAGUUUGGCUCAGUGCCAGCCAUUUGGAUUUUACCAGCUCACUGCCAGCCAUGGAGGGUCCUGAGGUGGGAGAGGGGGAUAAUGUCCUCAAUAUGUCCCGCCUGGGCCUGGAGAACCUAACUCUGGAUCAGGUCAGUGAGGACAAGAGGAAGGAGGUCCAGCAACUUCUCCUGCCCCAGAACCGCAUGGUGGUCCUUCCCCCCGGCCUGGGCACCUUCUCCCAGCUAUUGCUACUGGACGUGAGUAACAACAACCUGGCCUACAUAGGGGAGGAAAUACUGGGGCUCACCAAGCUCAGGACCCUGCUGGCCAAGAACAACCGCCUGGAUGAGUUCUCCUUGCCCAAAGAGUUAGGCACCAUGAGGAACCUGGAGGUGCUGAACCUGAGUGGCAACCAGUUUGAGGAGAUCCCCAGCCAGGUGCUACAGCUGCAGACCCUCAAGACCCUCUCGAUGGGGGGCAACAGGUUGAAGAGCAUCCCAGCUGACAUAGAUAACAUGAUCAGCCUAGAAUUCCUGUACCUGGGUGGUAACUUUAUCACCUCGAUUCCUCCAGAACUGGCCAACCUGCCAUACCUCAGCUACCUGGUGCUGUGUGAUAACAGAAUACAUAGUGUGCCCCCGCAGCUUGCACAAAUUCAUUCAAUGCGGUCACUCAGCUUGCACAACAACCUCCUGACCUACCUCCCUCGUGAGAUCCUCAGCUUGGUGCACCUGCAGGAACUCAGUCUGCGUGGGAAUCCCUUGGUGGUGAGAUUUGUACGUGACCUGAUUUACACGCCACCCACUCUGCUGGAACUGGCUGGACGCACAAUUAAGAGCCGCAGCAUUCCUUAUACACCGCUAGAGUUGCCAGAGAACCUGGUGCAGUAUCUGGACUUUGCCAGCAAGUGCCCAAACCCCAAGUGUGGUGGUGUGUACUUUGACUGCUGCGUGCGCCAGAUCAAGUUUGUGGACUUCUGUGGGAAGUACCGCCUGCCACUCAUGCAUUAUCUGUGCUCCCCGGAGUGCUCCUCUCCCUGUAGCUCCACUUCCCAGAGUGAAUCUGACUCAGAGGAUGAAGCCAGUGUCGCUGCCCGGCGGAUGCAGAAGGUGCUGUUGGGCUGAAGUUGCAGUCCUUUGUGGUGGCCUAAAUGUGAUCAAAACUUACUGUGGUGACUGAGGAGAUAGCAAAAUAUUAACUAACAAUGUCUACUCGGAUGCCAGUAGGAAUAGAGCUAAGGUGUCUUCUAUUGCUUCUCUACCAUGUUCAUUGAGGUUCUCUAGAGCCUUCUUGAUCUGUCUCAGUCUUCUGUCGCUAAUCUCAGAUCCUGAUGAUUGUACUAUACCCGCCUGCUUUUUGAGGACCAUGUCAGGAGCAGGUCUAUCAUCACCAGCAAUUAUGGCAGUAUGACUGGUUUGUUUACAGGUCUUGUGGACACAAUCUUUACAAAUCCGUUAUCUUAGAGUGGAGUUGGGUAUCUGUCUGUACCUACCACAAGUAUUGACUGACAACAGCUAGUUAAUAGCAAUGGUCACAACCGUAUCGCUACAUAUUUUGUCAUUUGUAGAAUCCUGGUGACACAGGCUCUUAUAGAAGAGUACAGCCUGAUGUACUGUUUGUAACAUAGCACUUUAUGCCCCCAAAACAUAUUGCCUUAAACUCCUUUCUUGUGCAAAAUAGUUAAAACAAGCAACUCAUGACACAAGUGCGAGACUGUCUAGCUUUUGUCUUUGUGCCUUAAAUGGAUAGUGCAACAUGGCUUACUAUCAUUUGUGACACCUUGUGGUCACUCUGUAACUUAUUUAACUUAGUAGAGGGCUUUUUUUUUUUUUUGUCCUUUUUUACUGCACCAUGAAUUGUAUCAAAUACUCAAUACAAAGAUUGGACCGUAUGCGGACUACUGAGAUACUCAAGUGACAUGAUGACAAAAACGUUACUUCAUCGCAGUGAUAAUCGCUUGUUGCGCUGCUGAAGGGUGGGGCCCGACCGGAGUGAUGAUCCCAGAUCUUAUACUUGUUUGGCAUAAAGGAAAAAACACACCUGUAACAUUUCAAAAUAAGAUGGUUAUUUACUUUGUAGAUUUUGUACGAGAACAUUAAGUAAACUGUUAAUAUGAACAUAGUAAAUGUACAGCUAACCUAUAA